ACGCUCAGGUUAGUGUUCAUUUGGCUCGCACACACACAGGAACACACCACAGGCAUACCGGCACACUGACUCUUGUACCAGCUGAAAGCAGCCGUGCAGAGCUCCUACCUGCUUCUUUCAGUGCAACCCGCGACUCUGGUUUUCCUGUGUUCCAGAGACCCAGUUUAAGAUCUUACUGCCUGACUCGUACACAUCAUGACUGUGGGACUCUCCAGCUGAGUUGCCGGACUGCUUUUUGUGUCAGAUCACAGCUGGACAGGCAGACGGGCUUGACAGACGAGUUGGACAGAGAUCGUGAAGGGGAUCAUUAAGCCUGUUGUGUUGCCGGGAUCAUUGCCGGCGGAUCUACCAGACCUGCAUUUUGGAUAAAGAGCUUGGCUGCGCUGUGGCUGACCGGUGACCCCGAUCUGCAGCCUUACCCUCUUCUGGGUCACUGCUGAGCUAAUAGAGGUGGUCCGGCCGGGCCUGAUGUGGAAUUUGACCCAGACUGACCCUGUCCCGCAAGUAGCUUUUCACUGAGCCUGUACUGGGAAAAAGGAAGGAUAAAAGAGCAAGAGGGGCAACGAGGAAGAAAAGGAGAGAAGUGAGAGCAGCAGCACAGCGACCGCUCUUCCAGUAUGCCGGUGGAGACCCUGCGGCCAUCAGACGGCCGUCUGGCUGGGGUUCCCUUCACCUCUGCCAUGCCCUUCAGGAUACUUAACAAGGGUCCAGACUACUUCCGUCGUCAGGCUGAGCCUGGGGCCCGUAAAUUGAGUGCUGUAGAACGUCUGGAGGCCGACAAGGCCAAGUACGUAAAGAGCCAGCAGGUGGCCCUCACCCGCCAGGCUCCCAUCAAACCGCCAAUCAUCCGCAAGCCCCUCGUUCCUCCAGGGAUGAUGCUCCAGUGUCAGAUCAGCACUCCUCCAGCCCGCAAAGUUCCCCGCUGCCCAGCUGAUGUGGAAAAUGGAGGAGGGAGAGAGGGACCUGGAGGGAGAAGAGGUCCUCCUCUUAACUUGGAUAUUCUGAAUAAUCUUAUCAAUGAUGUAUGUGAUGGACCAAUGCCCUGUUCCCAGUCCUCUUCCUCCACCUCCCCCUCCUCAUCAUCUCCUUCGUCAGGAGCUAAGAGCAUCAGCAGCAGCCUGUCAGCAGAACAGGAGCGGAGCAACCGACUCCUCAACAACCUUAAACCAUUGAAUCACAGCACCAUCAACUCCUCAUCCACCUCCUCCUGCACUUCCUCUCCACUCAACAACAACCCCCGGAGCCCUGCAGCAGAACUUACUCGCCGCCCGCCCCCUGUUCCGGCACGAGCACCCCGCAUUGGGGUUCCAGGGCCCUAUAGCUCCCCCAACUCGGUGACAGUGCGCAGGGUGGACGUUCGGCCUCAGGCUGAGAUAAGGAAGCCUCAGAGGGCCCUGCUGCAGCCCCAGCUCAGGCCCAGACAAACUGCCCAGGGCCAAGUGGCACACCCCCAGGUCCCACCUCCUCCACCCCCUCAUAACCAACCCCAACCUCAGCUCAACACCCCCUCUCAAUCCCUGCCCCCCCCUCCAGCCUACCUACCUCCCAGUCCCAUGCUGGUCCGAGCAGGCAUGAUCCCACCAGCCUCCCCCGCUUUCACCCGUAUAUCAAACGCCAGCUCCAAGGGGUCCGCUCGUAAGCACCCAUCCUUGCACCGCUCCAAAUCGGACCUAAGCGACCGUUACUCCCGUGCCACAGCCGACCUGGAGCGCUUCUUCAACUACUGCGGGCUCGACCCGGAUGAGGUGGAGGGCAUGGGCGGAGUGGAGCGCUUCACAAGAGCCAACUCGGACAUUGUAUCUGUCUCCAAGCUCCGCAGCGUCAGUACGCCCAGCUCAGAGGCUGACCGGGCGAGGGAGGAUGGAGGAGAGGAGGAUGACGAGGACGGACCAGCUAGAGCCAAUGAACGGGUCCCCUAUGGCAUCUCCGUCAUCGAGAGGAACGCUAGAGUCAUCAAGUGGCUAUACGGCAUCCGUCAAGCGCGGGAUGCUAAUAACGCUGUCUCUAACGUAUAGACUAACAAGGACUUGAAAGAAAAACAGGGAAGCAGUACUUUUUGUAUGUAUACAUACGUCUGAGGAAGGGAAGCAUCUUCUGCUGCCUUACAUCACAUUUAAGGAUAAUCCAGUAGUUGUUUUUACUGUUUCCUGUGAAGACUCACACUUGUUUUGGAAUUUACACAUCAGUGAUUUUUAUCCGGGCUGCAAGUCAGGACUGCUUCCCUGCAAGACUAAACGGACGAUACAUUUCCCUUUUUGUUCCCUUGAUCUUGUAUAACAAUAUUGGUAUUUGAAAGCAAUAAUAGACCGGUGUAAAUGAUGAUGGUGAGAAUGAAGGCAGAGCAUGUUUGCAAUUGUGGUUCCUCAUGUAAAGGUACUUUGUGUGUGUGUGUGUGUGUGUGUGUGUGUGUGUGUGUGUGUGUGUGUGUGCGUGCGUGCGUGCGUGUACCAGAGAUCUCCACAGCACAAAGCCAGACUGGAAUUUUGGCUACAAACUGCUAGAGACUCUGAUGCUACACGGUGCAGUGACUGUUGAGAGAACCACGUUGAUACUGUGAAACUUCACAAAAAAGCUUCCAUAAACACAUUUGUAUUUUCCAAAAACCUUUUGGCUGAAAGACUGUUAUUAUACAAAUUUCUGUCAGCAUGCCAGUGAAACAUUUGUAUACAUUUAUUUUAGGGUUUGUCAUCUCCACGAAGCACACACAUUACUUUCAUACAGAUAAUCACUUCACGGCACAGACGUACAUUCAGGUCAAUUACAGUAAAGAUGGUAGCAGCUGCAGUUAGUGCUGUCUGUAUAUCUGGCUGUAACAUUGUCUAGUUGUUUGUUUGCAUCAGAAACAUGGCCUCAUGUCUUGGAUUAUGCUGCACUGGUGCAGUGAGAGAAAUCUGUUUACUAUGUAUGUCUUGGCACGGAUGAGAGAGCAAGUCAUAUGAUAAGGGAUGAUCUCAUAAGUGGAUGGUUGAAGUAAGUGUAGCAUGAAAAAGUUAUUUUGCCUCCAAAGAGAUGGAGAGAAAAUCAAAGGAUCGGUAAAAGGAAGACUGAAAAGAGUAUACUCAUGGACAGAAAAAAGAGAUCUAUGGUGUACAAAUUGAUCUGUGGUUCUGAAAGUGUCUCAGGAAGAUGUACUUGGCAUACUAACGAAAAUGGACCAAUAUUUAUUUGGAAAAUGUAAGUUAAUGUAUUUUUUUAAUAUUGGACAACUUUGUGUACAGAAUUCAGUCUUUGCUCUUAAGUGCAAUCUGAUCAUAUCUACUACAAUUACAGUAAAUGUAGGAUCACAUUUAAACACAUGCAAAUACAGGCACCAGUUACAUGAUAAGUGUGAAUGUUGUAAACAGGGGACUGCUACGAGUAACAUGUGCCCUGCUGCUCUGUCGGGAGCACUAAAGAAAGUGAGACUAGUCUAUUUAUUUGACUUCCUGUAUGUCGCAGUGGGAGCAAGAGAGGAGGUCUGUCUCUCCUGUACAAGUUCUCCACCCUCUGCAUCUACUUCCUUUAACUUUUCAGGAUAUUCAGUAUGAGCACCAGCCAGGUUUUCCUCUUCGUACCAGUACCCGUAACAGGUAGAUGAAGAGCAGCGUACAGUAGCAGUCAGAUCAGAGGGCCGGAGAACACGACAGCAGCGACGGUGAACAAAGUGUGCUGUUGAAUCUGGCACUGGAUGCCCAAAGAGUCUUCAAGUGAGAGAUCCAAAAUGCUUUACCGUGGUGUAUUCUAAACAAUUAAUAAAAAAAAGGUUAAUGUA